UCCCAGGCAGUUGGGGGCUCGGAUUGCUAGUAGAGACACAAAAUAGUCAUCAAAUAACCGGGGAACCAACUAAUUUUAAGUCACCAUAACUGGAAUAACCAUCUAGAUUAAAAUUUAAGACAUCAUUAAAGUCAGGAAGUUCUAUAUCAUCUGUGCAACUAGCGAAAAACUGGCAAAUCAAACCACUUCAAGAAUUCACGACGAGUCCAUAAUUUAAAUGAUAAAGAAGACUUUCCUGUGGGACAACAAAUAUACUCUCUGCAACCAGCACUUUUUGAGUCCAAAUUGAUCACUACUGCCUUGGACGUUUUUGCAACACUCCACUACAGCAACUUUAGAAGGCAAAGAAGAUAUUUCUAAGCGUGAAGCAGCUAUGCAGCUUGAAAUUCAAGUAGCACUCAACUUCAUUAUAUCUUAUUUGUACAAUAAACUCCCGCGACGACGAGUGAACAUCUUUGGCGAAGAGCUAGAGAGACAAUUGAAGAAGAAAUAUGAGGGACACUGGUACCCUGACAAGCCAUACAAAGGAUCUGGAUUUAGAUGUAUACACGUAGGGGAGAAGGUCGACCCAGUGGUGGAAGAAGCAGCCAAAGAGAGUGGCCUGGAUAUUGAAGAUGUCCGUAAUAAUUUGCCUCAGGACCUCAGUGUUUGGAUUGACCCUUUUGAGGUGUCCUAUCAGAUCGGUGAGAAGGGACCGGUCAAGGUGCUCUAUGUGGAUGAUAAUAACGAGAAUGGUUCCGAACUGGACAAGGAGAUCAGAAACAGCUUUAACCCCGAGGCCCAGGUUUUCAUGCCAAUCAAUGACCCUGUGGGCAUCUCUUCUGAGUCCAGCUCCCCUUCCCCACCGUUCGGUCAGUCCGCGGCCGUCAGCCCGUCUUUCAUGCCACGCUCCACUCAGCCUUUAACUUUCACCACAGCCACUUUUGCCGCCACCAAGUUCGGCUCCACCAAAAUGAAGAACAGCGGCCGUAACGGGAACAAGGUGGCGCGUUCCUCUCCCACCAACCUGGGCCUGAAUGUGAACAGCCUGCUGAAGCAGAAACCUAUCUCCACGUCCAUGCAUUCUCUCUACGGCCUUGGCCUGGGGAGUCAGCAGCAGAAGGCCUCCGCUCUCUCCCCUAACGCAAAGGAAUUUGUGUUCCCCAGCCUGGGUCAGGGUCAGGGAAGCACCAGUGCAAUGUUCAACAGUGAGAAUCCCCUCAGCCUCAGCCCACUGCAGUAUAAUAAUGCCUUUGAUGUAUUUGCAGCUUAUGGGAGCCUCAAUGAGAAAUCCCUGAUGGAUGGCCUAAGUUUCAGUCUCAACAACAUGCAGUAUUCUAACCAGCAAUUCCAGCCAGUCAUGGCUAACUAAUAAAUGAAGAUAUUUAUAAAUGAUUGUUGGCAAAGACAGAAAACACACACACACUCACACACACACACAGACAAAACAAGUUAGCACACACACACUCAUUAUAAAUUAACUAAAAGGAAAUGUGGAUGUGAAAACAGAUUCCUCCAUCACUGAGAUGUGCAUGUGCCCAAGGGUGUUUUUUUUUAUGUGCCCCCUUGAGUUUCUUUCUACGAAAAGCUUGUUGUACAACUUGUCUAAGCUUGGUUACUUUAAGUCAACUGGCAUAAAUGUUCUUUUUUUUUUUUUUCCUUUUCCUUUAUUUUUGCCAACAAAGCACAAAAUUAUUUUAUACCGUUU